AUGUCUAUCUUGGCGAAAGGCGAGUCGAUUCAUAUUCGAGAGGUGUGGAAUGACAAUCUGGAGGAGGAGUUUGAUUUGAUUCGUGAGAUUGUUGAUCAGUACAGUUACGUUGCUAUGGAUACUGAGUUCCCAGGUGUGGUGCUACGGCCCGUGGGCACUUUCAAGAACAUCAACGACUAUAACUAUCAGACUUUGAAGGAUAAUGUUGAUAUGUUGAAACUGAUCCAGCUGGGUCUCACUUUCUCUGAUGAGAAAGGGAGCUUGCCCACCUGUGGGACGGAUCAGCCUUGUAUUUGGCAGUUCAAUUUCCGCGAGUUCAAUGUUGGUGAGGACAUCUAUGCAAGCGACUCCAUUGAGUUGCUGAGGCAAUGCGGGAUUGACUUCAAGAAGAACAAUGAGAAGGGUAUUGAUGUGAGCCGGUUCGGCGAGCUUCUGAUGUCUUCAGGGAUUGUGUUGAAUGAAGCUGUGCAUUGGGUUACUUUCCAUAGUGGGUAUGAUUUCGGGUACUUGCUCAAGCUCUUGACUUGCAGGAGCCUGCCCGAGACACAAGCUGGAUUCUUUGACCUGAUCAAUAUGUACUUCCCCAUGGUGUAUGACAUCAAGCACUUGAUGAAGUUCUGUAACAGUCUUCAUGGUGGCUUGAACAAGCUGGCCGAGUUGUUGGAGGUCGAGAGAAUCGGUGUCUGCCAUCAGGCUGGCUCUGAUAGCUUGCUCACAUCCUGCACUUUCAGGAAAUUGAGGGACAACUUCUUCAAUGGCUCAACAGAGAAGUAUGCUGGUGUGUUGUAUGGUCUUGGCGUUGAGAACGGCCAAAAUACUAAUUGA